AAACAAAGAAAAAAUAUUACAAAAUAGAAAGGGAAAAUAAAUAAAAACAUUUUCUCAUUCUUGUUUCAAUCAAUCUCUCAUUGAAACGUCUAUUGAUCACUCGGGAUUGUAAAUAGAGUUAGGGGAAAGAUUGUAUCUUGAUUCUUGGCAAUGGCUGAGAUUUGAGGAAGAAGAAGAAAAAACAAACUUUCAUUUGUUUUUGUUUCUUUUUUGAAUUUUGCGGCGGAGAUGAGCGCUUCAAGGUUCAUAAAGUGUGUUACAGUCGGCGAUGGUGCGGUCGGAAAAACAUGUAUGCUGAUUUCUUACACAAGCAACACUUUCCCUACGGACUAUGUUCCAACUGUUUUCGACAACUUCAGUGCUAAUGUGGUUGUAGAUGGGAACACUGUGAAUCUUGGAUUGUGGGAUACAGCCGGUCAAGAAGACUAUAACAGGUUAAGACCAUUGAGUUACCGUGGUGCAGAUGUCUUCAUUCUUGCUUUCUCUCUUAUAAGCAAAGCUAGCUACGAGAACAUAGCCAAGAAGGUUUGCUUUCUUCUUCUUCUAACAUUCAUUCUUUGUUUGAUAAAUAUUAACUUGCUCUUUUUGUUUGUAUAUCAGUGGAUUCCUGAGCUCAGGCAUUAUGCACCUGGAGUUCCUAUUAUCCUCGUUGGAACAAAACUCGAUCUUCGAGAUGACAAGCAGUUCUUCAUAGACCAUCCUGGUGCAGUGCCUAUUACUACAAACCAGGGAGAAGAACUAAAGAAACUGAUAGGAUCUCCGGUUUACAUUGAGUGUAGUUCAAAGACUCAGCAGAACGUUAAAGCAGUCUUUGACGCAGCUAUAAAAAUGGUGCUUCAGCCACCGAAUCAAAAGAAGAAGAAACUGAACAAGAGUCUUUGUGUUGUAUUGUAA